AUAUUUGAUUUUAUCAUUAAAUAAAACAUAAAAAAUUAUUAAGUAAUCCUCAUCAAUGUUAACUUGAAAGCCCUAGCUUUUAACUUCUUGUUCCACCGUCCACCCUCCACCCUCCACCGCCGUCGUUACAGUCAUCAGUGUUGAACCUAGUUACUUCCAUUCCGAUCAAUUCACCUCAAAAUGGUUAAACCAACUGAACACGAUUCUGAAAGCAUUGCAGUACCUGAAUCGGUGAUGGAUUCCGUCAACACCACUCUCUCUAACCUUCACGAAUUACGUUCACAUUUUGAACAAUUCUUACCUCUUAUGAACCCUCAAAUUCUCUCACAAAUUCCACCUCUUCAACGUGCUCACUCUCUCUUCCUCCUCUCCAAAAUCACUUCCACCCUCCUCGCAUUGAAAUUGAGGUGUACUGGAGUCCAACCUGAUAAUCACUCUGUCAAAUCGGAGUUUGAUAGAUUAGACAUUUACCAAGACAAACUUGAACGUCUGUUAGAUUUGAAUAAAGCUCCACUGCGACCGUCUACUACCUUGAAUUAUCGAGCAGCUACACGCUUCAUCGAACACUCUCUGCCUGACCUUACCCCAGAGCAAAGGCAGAAAAUGAGGAACUUAAGUAGAGGGGAGGGACAGAAGAGAAAACAUGGGGAGCGUGCGGGUCAAAAGAGGAAGUAUCAAUCCUCUGAAAGGCCAUCUGUUCAAACUGCUGCCAAGGAGUUUCUAGAGAAAGCAACCAGGGAGCUUCUCGGCGGUAAUAAUGGGGGUAUUAAGGGACCGCUUCAAAUUGACAACAUGUCAGAAGACGAUGACGAUCAAGUUGACAACUUUUCAGAAGACGAUGACGAUAAACUACUUGUGCCCUGAUUUUCCAUGUACUCUGUGUCAGCAGCUAAAUGGAGCAUGUGUCGAGGGAUAGUUUAGUUUUGCCUACUUUCCCAUGCUUUUUGGGAUGACUUUGUAUUUAAGGUUGGAUUUGAUGUGCAGUGUUUUUUUGCUUUAAUUUGUGUAGUUCUUCUGGAUGUCAAUGUAAAAAAACUUAACAUGCCUCAUCCAUGUACGGAACCGUAUGGAAUUCUAAAAAACGAAUCUUGAUGAAGAUAUUUUGAGCCAGAA